AUGGCGCAUCCAAUGUCCCUCCGAGACCGACAGGUCGCUUCCAUUCAAAAGCUCCUGAACCUCAACCAUGACCCGCGCCCCACAGAUGAUGGUUCUCAUGACCCAUCAGGACAGGCUGGUCUUGUUUCCACACCUAUCCUGAACGAAGAUGGUGAUCCCAUCUGGAAGGUCCUGGUCUUUGAUGGUAUGGGCCGAGACGUUAUCAGCAGCGUGUUGCGGGUCAAUGACCUUCGAGCUUGGGGAAUCACUAUACACCUAAACAUCAACUCUCAACGAUACCCAAUCCCAGACGUCCCCGUGGUCUAUCUGGUCGAACCCAACGAAGCCAACACCCAAGCUAUCACUCGUGAUCUCUCGAGUGGCCUCUACUCUCCCGCCUAUGUCAACUUCCUCUCCUCUGUUCCCCGUCCACUUCUCGAGGACUUCGCCUCCCAAAUAGCCACCUCCGGCGCAUCAGAGAACAUCGCUCAGGUCUUUGACCAAUACCUCAAUUUCAUUGUCGCAGAGCCAGAUCUCUUCAGCCUCGGACUUGGUAAUGACGUCUACUAUAAACUCAACAGCGCUAAAUCAAGUAAUGCGGAACUGGAUGAUGUGAUCGAUAAGGUAGUGAGCGGUCUGUUCAGCGUGAGCGUCACAAUGGGUUCGAUCCCAAUUAUUCGAUCCCCGAAGGGUGGUGCAGCUGAGAUGAUCGCCACUAAGCUUGAUCGCAAACUCCGAGAUCACAUUCUCAACUCCAAGGACAAUCUCUUCUCCGGCAACCAGAGAGCUCUGCCGGGCGUCCCCUCGAGCCGACCAGUUCUGAUUGUCAUGGAUCGAAAUGUCGACUUGGUUCCCAUGCUAUCGCACUCUUGGACAUAUCAAUCCCUCGUACAGGACGUCCUCCAAAUGCGCUUAAAUCGAAUCACCCUCGAUGAUGAGCUACAGUCCGGCAAAGUCUCGAAGAAAUCCUACGAUAUUAAUAGCAACGAUUUCUUCUGGCUACGAAAUGCGGGCGCACCUUUUCCCCAAGUGGCCGAAAAUAUUGAUGCCGAACUAACACGGUACAGAGAAGAUGCAUCCGAUAUCACGAGAAAGACCGGUGCUUCCUCGAUUGAAGAUCUUCAGAAUGAUAGCAGCUCUUCCGCAAAUCACCUCAAGGCUGCCAUUACGCUGCUUCCCGAAUUGCGAGAGCGUAAAGCCACUCUCGAUAUGCACAUGAACAUUGCCACCGCCCUACUGAAGGGAAUCAAAGACCGACAGCUGGACGGCUUCUUCGAGCUGGAGGAAAAUAUCACAAAACAAACCAAGUCACAGCUUCUUGAGCUGAUUAAUGAUCCUACCAAGGGAAACAACCCGGAGGACAAGUUGCGUCUCUUCGUUAUUUGGUUCAUCAGCAGCGAGACUGAGUUGAGUCGCGCUGAGAUCAGCGAAUUCGAGGAGGCUCUGACUAAGGCCGGUGUCUCGGAUGUGACGCCAAUCGCAUAUCUUCGACAGGUUCGCGAGCUCACACGCAUGACUAUGAUGACCACCGCUGCACCCGAACAACAGUCCAACGACCUUUUCCGCGGCUUCUCAUCCCUCUCCAAUCGCCUCACAGACCGCAUCACAUCCAGCGGCCUGGGCGCUAACUUCGACACCCUUCUUUCUGGCGUUAAGAACUUCCUCCCCGCCAACAAGGACCUUACCGUGACGAAAAUCACAGAGUCCAUUAUGGACCCCACCGCUGCUUCUAGUUCGGCAAUCGCCAAGACCGAGAACUACCUCUACUUCGACCCGCGGAGUGCCAACGCGCGUGGCGCCAUGCCUCCGGGUUCUGCAUCCCGAGGCCAGCAAAUGCCCGGUGGGAUCCAAGGCCCUGGAACUGGUGCUACCUUCGGCCAACGUCGCCAGGCCUUCAAUGAAGCCAUCGUGUUCACGGUUGGCGGUGGAAGCAUGGAUGAAUAUGGUAACUUGCAGGACUGGGUGGCUCGAACAAGUGGGCCACAGGCGGACGGUGCGGCGGCGGCUAAUCGCAGCGCUGCGGCUGGUGUUCGCCGUCGGGUUGUCUACGGAAGUACGGACUUGAUGAAUGCCAGUGAAUUCUUGUCUGAUUCAUUGAUGCCGCUGGGCAGAGAGUGCUAA